AUGAGAUCUGUAAAAUGCGUAGUGGUGGGCGACGGUGCCGUUGGUAAAACCUCGCUGCUCAUCUCCUACACCACCAAUACCUUCCCGCAAGACUACAUACCCACGGUUUUCGACAACUACACAACGACCAUUGCGUUGAACGACGGUAAGUCCAUGGAACACCAGGUGUUCCGGCUCAACUUGUGGGAUACAGCAGGACAAGAAGAAUACGACCGGCUCAGACCGCUGUCGUACCCACAAACAGACAUUUUUCUGCUGUGUUUUAGCGUGAACGAACCUAACUCGUUCGAAAACGUACGGGACAAGUGGUUCCCAGAAAUCAGACACAACACCAACUACGAAAACAUGGAGCUGUUCCGCACCUGUGGCAAGUACCCAAUCUUGCUGGUGGGCACCAAGGCGGAUCUGCGUGACGACGAACACGAACAGGACCGUCUCACAGAGGUAAACUCGGACUUCGUUUCGCGCGCUGCCAUCGACCAAUGUGUCGCACAAUGCGGACUCAUGGGUUAUGUUGAGUGUUCUGCGGCCACCCAGGUCGGUGUUGCCGAGGUUUUCGAACGUGCCGUCCAGUGUGUCGUCAUCGACCCAGAAAGACUCAUCAACGAGGCUAAAGCGGGCAGUGGUGCCAGCAACGAUCGACAGACCGCUGGUCAAGGAGGCUCGCAUGCCACAGCGGGCGCUGGCGUCGGCGACUCAGGUUACGGUUCCGCCUGGAAAAAUGCACACUCAGGCCUUUCCAAGAAGAAGAAGAAGAAGAACCCUAAGUGUAGUAUAUUGUGA